GCUACUAUAUCACUCACUCCUUAAUAAGUAGUACAUUAAUUGUUGGUCUCCUAGCUAGCCUCAUUGCACUCAGUUAGUUGUAAUCGAUUACUCAAACACAGCUAGACAGUCCCGUGCCAUGGCCAUGAACGUCGUCGACGGCAAGCUGGCCGUGGUGGACGCCGAGAACCCGGCCAUUUCGGCCGAGUCGCCGUUCGACCUGGCGCAGCGCGCCAACUGGCUGCGCGCGGCGGUGCUGGGCGCCAACGACGGGCUGGUGUCGACGGCGUCGCUGAUGCUGGGCGUGGGCGCCGUGAAGGCUGACGCGCGCGCCAUGGUCAUCUCCGGGUUCGCGGGCCUCCUGGCGGGCGCCUGCAGCAUGGCCAUCGGCGAGUUCGUGUCCGUGUGCUCGCAGCGCGACGUGGAGCUCGCGCAGCUGGAGAGCGACGGCAAGCGCGGCAGCGAGGAGGAGAAGAACCUGCCGAGCCCCGUGCAGGCCGCGGCGGCGUCCGCGCUGGCCUUCUCCGUGGGCGCGCUCGUGCCACUGCUGGCGGCCGGGUUCAUCGGCGACUUCAGGCUGCGGGUUGGCGUGGUGAUCGCCGUGGCGACCGCGGCGCUGGCCACGUUCGGGUGCGUGGGCGCCGUGCUGGGGCGCGCCCACGUGGUGAGGUCGUGCGCGCGGGUGGUCAUUGGCGGGUGGGCCGCCAUGAGCGUCACGUACGGGCUCAUGAGGCUCUUCAGAGCCAGCGGCAUAUGAAUCAGCCCCGACAUAUGAGCCCUCACACUUUUCGUGUGGCUUGGUCGGUCUAGUUAUGCUUCUGCAGUACUUGCGUGCGUGCAUCUCCUGAUAACCAUAGAUGAUGCACGCGAUUGCUAGCUCCAUCAGUAGCUCCGGCAGCCCCUUGAUUUCCUUCCCCUGUAUCGAUCCAUCUGUCCUGUCGUCCUUGCAUCUAAUGUAAUGCUCUCGUGGCCUUUACCAUGCCGCGCUACUGUAGUAGUAAUAAUAAUAAUAAUAAUAAAAAUAAUAUAUUUUUAUUAUUGUAUAACAAUCCAUAAUUUCUAAUACAGAUUCUGUUUUUUAAAACAUCGGUAUAACUUAUAGAUUCAUACACGUACUUUUACUAUUACACAUAUACUUAUACAAUAUCUAUUUAUAACCGGAGAUGUGCUGAUUGCUGAAUGUGUGUAGUACGUAAUUUCAGUUGUCUUGCAACUUUGCUACUGCAGGUGAGUGAGUGCUGACAAAGAUGAGAUGUGGAUAAUGAAUUGCAUGCCCAGUCCGGUCUGCUGGCUAGUGGCUACACAUCUCACUCGGCCAUUGACAAAACUAACCUUUUGAGGCCUAAUCAAUCACCAUGCCUUGUGCCACUGCCUAUAUUAUUUCUCUUCCCCGUCUCCUUCUCAUCGGAGGCGGGACCCACUAGCUACAGGCAACCAGUGUCCUCAAGGACAAAUUAACUCAUCGAGUACGCGUCCACAUCAGCAGAACAGAGACUGCACUUGCCGGGCCGGUAAUCGGUAUGAGAUGAUGGACCGGUAAUCGGUAUGAGAUGAUUUCAGAGGCGAAGCU